CGUGGUUCUUUUGGAGAGAUUGAUGGAUGUACUGUUGAGCGUUGCAGACAAAUUGGACUUGAGGUGCGCAAUGGAGGGUCAUUGAUAGUAAAUAACUGUGAUAUCAAAAACAAUCAAACGCAUGGGUUAACAAUAGGAUCAUUGGCUGAAUACUGUCGAGUAACUAGAAGUGCUAUUCAUCACAAUCAACUUGAAGGCAUUUUGUUUACAUUAUCAACGAUAGCAGAGAUAAAAAACAAUACUAUAUUCCACAAUGGGAUGAGAGGAAUUUCAACCGAUGGUGGCAUUAUUACCAUACAAGGAAACAAAAUAUUUGAAAAUUGGUUCUGGGGGAUAUCUUUGAAAACACGAACAAGUGGCAAUGUACAAAAUAAUGAAAUCUUCAGCAAUAAAUGUGGUGGAAUACGUGUUGGGACAAACUAUUCAGCGCGAAUCCUCAUAGAUAGUAAUACAAUACGCGAUCAUCCAGGACCAGCCUUGCAUACAGAGGUUCUUCGACCAGAGACUGAAAGGCUUUUAAAAGAUACGUCAACCCAAUCAAAAAUUCAGAAAGGAAUGCCUCAGGACGAAGUAACAUUGUAUAUCAGUCCCCCAAUGGUAACAGACAGGAACAUAAUUCGGAAAAAUGGAGUUGGAAAGCUAUUGAAAACAAAUCCCUUAGAAAUAUGUGCCAAUUGUCACAGCAAGGGUGAUAUGCAGAAAUGCUCCAAAUGUCGCAAGACACAGUAUUGCGGUAAAGCGUGUCAAAAACAACACUGGAAUAAACACAAACGUAUAUGCAAAAUUAUUUCAGGUGAAUC